UCAAAGUCAGCUGUUUGCUGUUCAUGAUAAAAUGUACAAUUUAAAAAAUGUAAACAAAAAAAAAGAGUAAUAUUUCCAAUCGAAAAUAGAAUUCCUGAAAUUAAAAUAUUCAACUGACCAGGCACGCCAAGGAGCUGACGCUAGGACAGUCUCCUCUAAUAUGGCCGCAACAUCCAUCACAUUACCUGUAGAAUUUGUAGAUACUUUAGAUCAUUAUUGCAACAAAUCGAACUUGACUUGUAAACUUAAGAUAAAUGAUUCUUAUACGUCACAGGGAAAGGAUUAUGUUGCCAUUUAUAAACUUGGAUGGACCCAUGUUACUGACUAUGUUACUAUAAAAAAUGUAACAGAUAUAAUUAAGGAUAGGACUUGCGAAGUGGUGUUUAAUAAACACAUUUUGCCAAACAACACUCAAGACUUGUUUCAUAUGUGUUUUUUAAAUGGACAAGAAUUACUUGGGGCAAGUACCCCAUUCCAGUUCUGUGAGGAGGAAUCAGUUGUAGAUUCUGCAAUGAGUUUCAUAAACACUUCUAAUUCAAGAAGUGUACUAAUCAUCGAAAAAGACUUGGAAAUUCAAAGGCUCAAAGAAGAAAAUAACAUUUUAAAAGAGUCUUUAAGGAGUUUGUUAAAUAAAAGUGAAGAAAAUGGUUAUGACAAGGAAUUAAAAGAGAUUAAAGUGUUAGUAGAAGGGCUGAAAUUAAUGUUGUCAGAUCAUGACAAAGACAUUGCAAUGUUAAAGGAUAAAAUUAGGGAAGGAGGUGAGUUGUAUAAGCAGUUGUACUUUGAAAAGUGUAAGGUGCAAAAGAAAUAUGAAAAAUUAAAAAAUAUUUAUGUAAUACAAGAAUCUCAAUCUUCUAAUGAGGCCUUAGUUGAUAAUUUGCAAUCUUUGCCACCCUUUCCUAGCAUAACAAAUAAUUUAUUGCAAUAAAUGAGAUUCAUCUGUGUGAUUAAUUAAUUUAGUAUUAUUUGUUUGGACAUAUAGUAAUUGUUUGUUUUUAUUAUAUUUGUGUGUAAAUAUAUUUCUUCUAACUAGAUGUACAUGUAGGAAAACUAAAAAUUAUUAUUAGGAACUAAAAAAAUAUUAGGAUAGAAAAAAGUUUUACUUGAAAUAGGACAUUCUGGAAACAUGAUUUGAAUUGAAAAACAAAUUGAAGUUUGAAUGAACAAAUUAAAUUGGAUCAGUUUUUAA